AUGUGUGUUUUCAGGGGUUUCAUCGGUGAAGGCACUGAGAAGAAGGAGAACGCUCUUUGGAGAUGUGCCAUCUUGGCUCUUUUAUGGUGUGUGUGGCUGAAACAGAAUAACAGAAUCUUUGAAGCCAAGGAGGAGGUUGUGGAGCCAAUCUGGGAGACGAUUAGACGCUUUGCUUCUCUGUGGGUAUCUUUGCCUAAACAUUUUGAAGACUUUUCCCUUAGAGAAAUUCUUAUUGAUCCCUCUUGA